AUGGCACUGGACGCGUCAGUCAGUCAAGACAAGGUGGUCAAUCCUGCUUCUGAAGGCUCAGCUGUAGACGCGACGAAAUUGGACUCUGGGCUGCGGUACUGCACCGUAUGUAGCAAACUACGAAUACCGGUGGCGGACGACCACAAAAUGUGCACAUCAUGCAGGGACAAAUACAGGCGGUAUUAUCACGAGCGGAAGAAGAGACCGAAGCUUGACGAUGCGGGAAAGAAGCCUGACCAGAACGUAGCUGCAGCUGUCAGCGCUAAGCUGUCCGAAUCUGAUGCGACCACACCUGACGCGGCCAGCGCGCAUCCAUGUACGAGAUGCCAGAAACCUGUCGCUGGCGGUGGGCGGUCCUGCGAACGGUGCAGAGAGUACUACAGAACGCGGCACCGCGUGCGGAAGUCUAAGAUAGACUCGGGAAAUUUAGGUGCAUCAAGAAAUACUCCGGACUUUGCGCAGAACAACACCAUUCCUUCCGGGAAUUCGGAUGCGAGCCUCGCGAAUGAAGUACCUGCCGAUGAAGACGAUGCAGCUAUGGCAUUUUCCGACGCGCAGAUGGAGCACGAGGGGAGCGAUGACUCUAGUGAUGUCUACGAGUAUCAGUGGGAGACUCAGUUGUUCCAAACCCUGAAGAUUCUCGUGAAACGCUCUUCGUUGAGUCAGGAGCGCCUUUUCUUCUCGGGCUGCUAUGCGAUCCUGCGAGACCCCCAUGUGGACUGGUCCACCAGCGUCCAAAAGACGGCAGUUGCCUUACGAAAGCUCACCGGUCUCCGCUUUGCGGUCAAUCGACCAGUUUUUUCCCGGCGCGACGCGAAUUACUAUCGAUGUAUGUACAUAUGCGAGUGCAGGAAACCAGCCGACGUCCCGCACGAUAUCCAUCCGUCACAGGAUGAUCAGUUUCCUACCCCGCCUGCUCCAACGAUAGGCAGUCCAUGCCGCGGCUUGGUAACAAUAUGCGCGCAGUACGACGACAGGCAUCCGUCCGGUCUUCCGGGCGAGAAGAUCAUCAUUCGAAUACACCACCCCGCCUGA